AUGAAUGUUCUAAUUGCGAUAUUGGGAUUGGUGGUGGCGGUGGUGGCGGCACAAGCCGUGCCAGACUACUUUCCCCGUGACAAAGUGACGAAUUACAAGUACACAGUCGAUGUGAAAUCUGGACUCCUAUAUCCGGCUGAAUUCACGUCGGAAUAUGGCAUAGAAUGUCGUCUUAGCAUAGAGGCGUAUAACAGCGACCCGAAGCUGAAGAACGCCUACUACGUUAAGGUGAAGAACGUGAAGCAUAGACUCUUCAAUGGGAAGAGGACGUAUGACGAACGUCCUCCAUCUCUACCACUUCCGGUCUCAGAUGCUGCCGCUUCAUUCGAAGAAGCAUUUGUAAUCGUCUUUGACAAGUAUGGCCAGCUGGAGGGUUCGAAAUUUGUUGAGAACGAAACCCCAUGGUCGAAGAACAUCAAGAGAUCCAUCGCCUCUAUGCUUCAACUGGAUAUGCGUCAAAUUUUCAAACAGCACCCCAUGAAUCGAGACAGUUUCAUAAGUCGUGAGAGAACCAUCCACGGCUUGUGCAACGUGGCCUACGACGUGGACCAGCCGCCCCUUAAUCCGCCACGCAGAUUGGUAGUCACCAAGAGGCACGAUCCUAUGACCUGCUCCGAUUUCUCUUACCAAACGUUCAACAAUAUCGAACACCAAAAUUGCCACAUCAUAGAAGAGAGUCCUGUGACUACUACCAGCAGCCGAGUAUUCGAGAUCGAAAACUACGGUCACCAUAUCCUCAUAAAAAAAUUAAUUGGCCACGGAGACAUCAAGUAUUCUCCUUGGCAAGCUAGAGCCGAAGGCCACUAUACGCUUACCAAUCAAACAAUGAUUUUCGAAGGCCUCGAGGAGCCAUUCGGUUCAAGUGACCGUAUGAUGCGUUUUGCCGUGGUUCCAGUCGACCCUCGAAUUACUUACGCCGUACCGGAAAGGUAUUACGCUGCUACCGGUGACGUGGACGUGACUCAAGGUCGACAUACGGUUAGGCUUCCGAUAGUUAUAAAUGAAAUGAAGGACUUGUUGCAAGAGGCUGCCCACUAUCUCAAGGAAGAACACAUGAGCCAGGGUGAACCACAAUGGAAGCAUGGUCAGACGAUCAAUAGGAUUCUGUACCUUAUGCGUUUUAUGAACCUUGAAUCUAUGGAGGAAGUGUUCAACGGCCUUAAGAAUCCUUCAAACGUGAAUGAUGAAAGGAUGAAAAAUAUAUACCUCGGAAUAGUGCCAAAUAGUGGAACCACAGCUGCGUGUCUCUUCAUUAGAAACGUAAUUCAACAAAAGAAAGUUUCCCCUUUGACAGCCGCAAUGUUGCUCACGAAACUCUCGUCGAACGUAAAAGUUGCAUCGGAAACACUGCUUCAAGAAAUGGAGGUGUUCCUAGAGCCAUUAGUAGGACCUCUUAAUUCCCCUGAAGUAACGAAGGCUAGCAUACUUUGCUUCUCUACUUUGAUGCGCAAGACAUACAAAGACGGCACCAUCACCCCUCACCGGAGAUUAUACAUGGAGAAACUAAUGGACGGUCUUAAAACUCAUCCAAGCCUGGAGAUGAAGAUGGUGUACCUGAUGGGCUUAAAGAACACUGGCCUAUUGGAGGUUUUAUACCUGUUGGAGCCAAUCAUCAGGGGUGAAGUCGAAAUAGAUCCGAACCCUUCUAUGAUCCGUGCGUAUGCCAUGUGGGCCAUCAAGGAUGUGUCCGUUAAGGAAGUCACUCGCUCUGAAAACUUGCUUUGGCCAAUUCUCAGCAACAACCGCCUUCCAAUGCCGCUCAGAGUCGGUGCUUACGAAGUGUUGAUGCACAUAAUGCUUCAUAAAGGAUCUAUGAUGCAAAUGCACUGGUUCAUGAUCCACGAGAAAGACGAACACCUGUACAAUUAUCACAUAGAAACCAUCAAAGGAUUGGCAUCCUCCACCGAUCCUUGCCUUCUACCGAUUCAAGAAAUGGCUAGGAAAAUAUUGCAGUUCACGAGAAACAGGAAUAUUCGUGGUUCACUUUCGACCAAAUUCCACAUUGAUUCCCACGAUCACAAGUACGGCCACAGCGAAGCUGUGAAAAUGUCCUUGCUCAUGGAUCCUACGUUCGGCUUGCCGUAUGUUGGCUCAAUGAAUCUCUACUCGACCGUUGGUCGCAAGCCUGCUAGUCGAUUAGGCGUUCACUGGUACGCGGAAGGCGUACCCUUCAUCAUACAAGCUAUUCAGGAUGAGUUCUUCGGUAGCGCUGCAACAGAGAUCACCAAGCAGAACUUGAAGAGACUGAUGGAAGAUGUGGAUCGUAACGAGAAAUUCCCCAAGCCUGGCAGUCUAUACGUAAUUCUAACUGGCGCGAAUGACAACGUUGUCGCGGUGCUCCAUCAAAACAUCCUCGACUUUAAGCAACUUCUCUCGAACUUGAACUGGUGGAAGCAGUUGAUCGCGGACCACGAUAAACAAGUGAACGCGCAGCACGUAUUCUACGAGGACAACUACGAAAUGCACGUGGCUACCGACUUUGGUGUGCCAGCAGUCCUGGCUACGAAAACACCAGUCCUGGACUCUGUAAGAUUGAACGUUGUUCAUUCGACAGAGGAGAAAGUCGUGAAUAUGCAAGUGAAGUUUAGAUACCAGGAGUGGAAGCACGGCGAAUACUUCAUGUCGGUCUAUAAUCCCCUCGUCGAUGCUUGGCACGCCGUUCGUAGAACAGGAACUCGCGACAUUGUCGUACCACUCAGUAUGGCGAUAUCCUUCGAUGCCGCAACGCAGAACGUUGUAUUUUCAGUGUCGAGGCAACCAAAGACAGAGUAUUCAACGAUGGGAUUAUUGACUCACGCCAAAAACUUCGUCAGUGUCAUGGACGACGCGAGCGAAGCCUUGUCGACGAGUUGUCCCCAGUGCUCUCAUAUUGAGACUGUCACUGGUGGCAUCAGCAACAAGGUGCACCAACUCGACGUGCAUCUGAGAGACAAUGCGCUUUGGUAUUACAUGGGAAUAUACAAUUGCGAGGGUCAUGUCACUCCUCUGCCUAUCGCCGAAUGGUUUAACGUAUUGUCAGUUGACCACACUGUUCCCAUGAGCUUGAAGAAAUACACGCAGAUUCUUCUGAGACUCCGACAGAAGAUAACGAACGACAUGAUCUCGUCGCAAAGCGCAAGUUGCUCGAAUCUGAUGAAGGUUGAACCCAGUGCCGUUUAUUCUGCUGAGCAGGUUGACUACAGUUUCAAAAUCCAAAUUAAAGAUACACCCUCUGCGAAACUGUCUGCUCUCGAAGCUAGGAAGAUCGACAUCCGCGGUACCAUAAACGUUAAAGGUGAAAGCAACAUAUCCAAACUACAUUGGGAUGGAAACGUUGACAUUCAGCUAUCGGCAGGACACACGUCUAACCGCUUGAAGGCCAUGUUCACUCGCACUAUUCCAAAAGAGAUGAACCACAAGGUGUGCAUCGACGGACACGUGGAGUAUCCAGAAUUCGACAGCGACCCAUUCAACCACACCGUUACAAAGAAGGAAACAACCGGAAAACUAACGGUAGUUAUGGGAAAAACUACUGACAACAAAUGUGUGCGGGACGAAAUGGAUGUCUCGAUAACCAUGAAGGGUGAGCAGUCGGACGAACAGAAACACGAGCACCCGGCGGACGACGAACUUGGCCAAGCUUGUCAAAACCACAUUAACAAUGGGCUUCUCCAAACCGAGAAAUCGCACGUUCCUAAAACUUUCGAAUGCGUCAAAAAAGCUGUACUCGACACGACUUUGAGGAGAUACACCGUGAACAUGGCAUUAAAGAAGGUACCUCAGUACGUAUCGAUGCAAGCAAGUACGAUAGAAAAAUUCGUGCACGGUAUUUUCUUCGCACACAGUAAUUUCACUUCGGAGCUCGUUUCACCGGGCAACGUGAAAGUACUCUUGAACUAUUCAACCUGGACACCAAUGGUUGACGUAGGAGUUAUCACCCCGAUAAAUGGCUAUCAAUUACUUCAACUACCAUUCGGUGACAAAGUCUGGAAUAUGUUGAUGCAAAACGUUCAAUUCCCUGUUCACAGUCUGGUCGAUUACGUUCAGGAUAGAAGCAGGAUGUGUACGGCUUACCCUAAAGUGGUAAACACUUACGACAAUAACAUCGUUCCGAAAAACAUUUCUGAAGACUGCUGGACCGUUUUGUCUGCUGUCCGCCAUACCAGAGAGCAUAUAUACGUAGUUGCUCUACAAAAAGUGAUGGAUACAAAAUUGGGCAUGUAUUUGGAAUUAAAUGAGCAUUCGUUGAAAAUACUUCCCAAUGGUGCAAACCUGAGUGUUGUAGUUAACGGAAAGGAUGUAAGCGAUUACGCAAAUGGUUUCGUAGUGCCUAGUGACCAAAUGGAAUCUUACGCUAUAAAAUUAAGCUCAAACUACGACCACUUGAUUAUCCAAUCAACAUGGACACCGAUAACCAUCCUUUACACGCCAAACAGCGUGACCGUGGUAGCAAAUACUAAGCUUCGGGGACAUACGUUUGGUUUAUGCGGUGCCAUGAACAACGAAAAGGGACAUGACUCAGUAACAUAUAAAAUUGUUGAUAACUAAAGUAUCAACGCAGGAUCAUUCAUACAUUACAGCCAUCUUACAAAAUGUGUACAGCAGAGAUUAUCACAAUCAUAGAUAUUCAAUAAUUUUAUAAAACAAGAGACUUUACCUGUUUUAGAGUUACGCAGAAUGAUAAUGUAGAAAGAAGUUGCGAAAUAAAUGUUUA